AUGCGUGCCUCUAUUGCCCUCUCCGCUGCUCUUGCCUUGGUUGCUUCUUCUGUAUCUGCUGCUCCUUCUCCCAGAGCCGCUACUGGCUGUAACCCUUCUUACAACGUCCCUUCUUCUACUCCUUGUUUCACUGCUUGUAAUGUUGCCGCUGGUCAAACUUGGGUCCCUGGAUGGACCAUGGAUAGCACCUCUCCCCUCUUCAUUGACUCUCUCUCCCUCAUGUGUACCAAGACUGGUCCCAACUACAUCAAGUUCAUGACAGCUGCUGGCACUUGCAUGGCCAAAUGUACUGGCGAUGACCCAGAAUUGUUCAACAAUGAAUUCGCUGGUGCCUGUGCUUGGUGGGCUGUACACAAGAAUGAUGCUUGCGCUUCUGCUUAA